AUGGGAUAUCGGGCGCUGCCGCCCCUCCCCCUGCCGCUGCUGGCGGUGCUGGCGGCGCUGCUGCCCCUCCCCCCGGCGGGAUUUGGGUCGGGGGGCGCGGGGGAGGGGUCGUUCCGGCCCGUGGUGAUCGUGCACGGGCUCUUCGACAGCCCCAGCGACUUCCGGCACCUGCGCGCCUUCAUCAACCAGACCCACCCGGGCACGGAGGUGACGGUUCUGGACCUGUUUGACCGGGGGGCUUCUCUGCGGCCGCUCUGGCUCCAGGUCGAGGGGUUCCGGCGAGCGCUGGCCCCGAUCAUGGCCAACGCCGCCCACGGGGUUCACCUGCUGGGCUACAGCCAGGGGGUCCUCAGCUGCCGGGCCCUGCUGGCCACGACCCCCGACCACAACGUGCGCAGCUUCAUCUCCCUGGCGGCGCCGCAGAUGGGGCAGUACGGGGACACCGAUUACCUGAAGUGGCUUUUCCCCCGGCACAUGAAAUCCAACCUUUACCGGCUCUGCUACACCCCCCUGGGCCAGGGCGUGUCCAUCUGCAACUACUGGAACGACCCCCACCACCGGGACCUUUACCUGAACAACAGCGAUUUCCUGGCGCUGCUCAACGACGAGCGCCUGCACCCCAACGCCUCUGAGUGGAAGCGGAACCUGCUGCGGAUCCAGCGCCUGGUGCUGAUCGGGGGUCCCGACGACGGCGUCAUCACCCCCUGGCAGUCCAGCCUUUUCGGGUUCUACGACGCCAACGAGACCGUGCGGGACAUGGAGGCGCAGCCG